UGCGAGAUCGAGAGCCCCGCUACGAUUUUAAGACAGGCUUACAAAUUACGACUUUGUAUGGAGGUUUGACAACAUUGAUCAUUGAUGUAAACAGUUUACGUAUCUGAUAAUUCUGGUUGGGUGGCUGGGCAACAUGAGUCGUUACAUUUUUUGAUAUUGUCGAUAUCUCACUGCGAGUAGGUUGCGGUCCAGAUGAAUCUUAAACUUUGAGAUCUCAUCUGAGGUUGUAACUUCACAAUAUCUUGGUAAGUUUGAGGUCGUGGACUAUAUUAACCAGUUAAAGCCAGUGUUCUCCUAUUCAACAAUUCCAAUAUAAAAUAGUUGCUUAGAUAAUUUUAUAUAACAACCCCAUGUCAAGGUCAAGUUACUUUCAAAAAGACUCAACUUCUAAGCAACUUCCUAAAAUGGAAUACGGCAAAUCUCAAGCCGGCUUCACUUCCACCAGUCACGGUCCCUGUCGGUUACAGCGUCGAAGAAUCCCCGCCCGGUACGGUAAAGAGAAUCCGGGGAAAUGAUGCCCGUCUACUACAACAUCACCGAAUUGAUAGAGUCUACAUUAUCCGAUGUAGACUUUAGCAGGUUGAAUUGCUUUCCGUCAAGAUCAUACUGCUAUCGCAUUUAUUGAGUUACUUCCUGUCACUCUACUGUGAUCGCAAUGCUAGAAAGAUCGCGGCCUGCGAAUAGCCACCGAUGGAUGCUACUGCUCAUCAGUACCGUGAGUUGGUUGAUGAACGUGGCGUAUGGCCAAACUCCACCCGCCGUAUAUUUACGGACACCAUCCGCUCAGCAGCUUGAAUGGCAUCGGCUUGAAUACUACGCAUUCGUCCACUUCGGACCCAAUACGUUCACAGACGAGGAAUGGGGAAGAAGUCAGAGCAUUCCUGAUGUCUUCAACCCGACAGCUCUGGAUACGGAUCAGUGGGCCAAGUCUUUUGCAGAUGCCGGUAUGGCGGGAAUGAUUCUAACAGCAAAACACCAUGAUGGCAUGGCGCUAUGGGAUACAAACACGACAACAUAUAAGAUUGGCAACGGAGAAUGGGCAAAAGAUCGUGUUGAGAAAGGUCUCAACGCGGAUGUCGUGCAGUUAGCAGCUGCUUCUGCGAAGAAAUGCGGUAUUAAGUUCGGCAUUUAUCUGUCGCCGUGGGACAUACACCGUGAUCCAGCUAUGCCGAAGCCCAACCUAACUGGUACCUUGUAUGACGAGCCGCAGAUUUUCGGCGAUGCUAACGCUGGUGAUUAUAAUGAGCUUUAUUCUCAGCAACUAACGGAAUUGGUUACGAUGCGAUUGCGUGACGGUUCGCCUAUUCAGUUAUCAGAGUUAUGGCUCGAUGGGAACAGUGGCUCCGACACCGUGCAAACGUUCAACUGGACAGGUUUCCGCAACAUCAUCCGCGAGCAUCAGCCAGGCGCAAUCAUGUGGGGUCACCAGGGUGUAGAUGCUCGAUGGGUGGGUAAUGAGGAUGGAGUGACGGUAGGGACGAAUUGGCACACGAUCAGUAGGACUCAGGAUCAGCCGCACUAUUCAGGCGACCAGCUACAAACUGGUGUACGAGACGGUACCUAUUGGACCCCAGCGGAAGCAGACGCGCGCAUACGAGACGGCUGGUUCUACCAUUCUAAUGAGAAGCCAAAGACAGCCGAUGCCCUGAUGAGCAUGUAUCUGCAGUCGGUAGGUCGAAGCGUAAACCUCCUGCUCGAUGUCCCACCCGAUACGACGGGGCAGCUUCCUAAGGGUGACGUAGAUAUACUACUUAAAUUCAAAGCUCAGCGUGACGCAUUUCUCAACCGCGAGCUGCUUACACCGGGGCUUGCAGUAAACGCAAGCAGCAUCCGAGGUGGUAACGCUACACUCUACGGGCCAGCCAACGUGCUCGACGGCAACAAGGAUACGUACUGGGCAGUUAACGACGAAGAGAAAGCGGGAUGGCUGGAAAUCGAUCUAGGUGGGAUCUACGCUGUAGACGCUUUCAUUACCCAGGAGCAUAUUGCCCUAGGCCAGAGGAUCGGUGGGUAUACGAUUGAGGCUGCUGUCAACGGCGUUUAUGAGACGCUUGUGACGGGCACAUCCCUGGGAUAUAAGCGUAUUGAUAGGUUGGAUGCAGCCGUCGAGACGAGCAGGAUACGUCUUAGUGUCACGCAGGCGAAUGCUACACCGUUGGUUAAUAGCUUCCAGGUGCUUGGUACGCAAAAGAGCUCUUCAUAAUUGUCCUAGGAAGUAGAUAGGUAGAUAUAGCUACCAAAAGCGUCCGACUACCUAUUGAACCUCUUAAUCCUAUUUAGAGCUAUGUCUAUCAUCAAAGAUAACACUUUAACGCU